CUAACGUGUACUGAUCGUCGCUAAACGCAUGCGCAGACGGUAGUAAGAAAAGUAUUUACAACCUCCAGAAGACAAAAAAAUCAAACUUACGCCUACAUGCAUACCAAUCUAAUUACAAACAUACAUACAUAUAUGGAUAUUUAUGAACAGCCGUAAAUGAGACAGCCUACAGGCGACUUUAGUGCAAAAAAAAAGAACAUAAAAAAUUCAAAUUAAAAAAAAAAUUGGAAAAAAAAAAUCAACUCAUUGACACGCGAAUUUGGGUGCGAAACUUUGGCUGUCACGCAUGAAUUUUUAUUAAACACCACUAAGUGAUUGUGGCCAAUAAUAAAUAGUAAAUGAAAAAUAAGUUGAGAAAAACACCAAAAUACUUUUUAAACGUUCGAGCAUAAAAUUUCAUAGACGUUAAUUUUUUUUUUUUUUUUUGAAUUUUCCACUUGAGCGCCUCAGACUACAGCCUGCCAGCUAGCUAGCCAACAAAAGCCAAACAAGACAGAGUAGAGUGAUCAGCAGACUUACAGCAAGUUUUGCUUUUUAAUUGCCAACAUUUCGACGGUAGUGCUUGUAAGUGUAUUUGUUAAGCGUGUUGAGCGUGUUAAGCGUGAGAAAGCUCAUAGUGUUUUACGUGCAUUCGGUUUCAGUUUUCAAACGGCCUGGCAGUCAAGUGGCCUUAUACAAAGAUAGACCGUUAUUUACUUACUAGUCACUGACAUAGUUUCAGCGUUUCAGUGCCGGCAAACGCAAUAACAAUAACAAGAUCAUUGUCGAACGAUCCAAUAUCAGCUAGUAAUUUUGAAGCAUUUAGCUGGUUUUAUUGGUGCCGAAGAAGACGCAGUGAAAGAAAGAAAGUGAAAUGAUGUUGAAGAUGCGCCUGCGCAUGUCCUGCCUCUUGUUGCUGUGCAGUGCAGUGUUACAUUGUGUGUCGGCAGCAAGUGCGUCCACGGUGGGUCUAUAUGCACCAGAUCGCUAUAAUGGCAUACCGGAAACAUGUCUCUUGCCCAUGGACUUUGGCUACUGUCGGGCCAAAGUGAAGCGUUAUUACUUCGAUAUGCGUCGCAUGAAGUGCGCCAUGUUCUACUUUGGCGGGUGUGCGGGUAACGUUAAUAACUUCAAAACGUUGGAGGAAUGCAAUCGCGUAUGCCUGGAUGGUUAUGGUGAUUAUGACAGUCCGAAUGAUGUGGUAGCCGUUAAAAAGCCCGCAGCAACAACUAGCGGACGUGAUUAUCGAAGUCGCGGCAAUGUGAACAACAGCAAUAACAGCAACAAUAUAAACAGUGGCGUUGGCACCAGCAGCAGUAGCAGCAGCAGCUAUCGUGGUAGUAUCACCAGCAGCAGCAGUAGCGGCAGUAACGUUGGCGGCGGCAAUAUUAAGAACAACACGUCCGCAACCAGUUAUGGUGUGGGCAUUAGCUCGGUGGAUGCGAACUAUAAGAACACAUACAAUAAAUACAACAGUAAUUUAUAUAAUACCCACAUUGGCAGUAAUGUAAAUGGUAAUAAUAGCGGCAUCGGCGGCAGCAGUAGCACCAGUGGUAAUGGUGGCAAUGGUGGCAGCGGUAGCGGUGUGAACAAUAGCACCAAAAUCAUACGAAACAGAAGCGAUGACAAUCUCGAUGAAUAUGAUUAUGAGGAGAAUUAAAUUGAAAUACUCAUAAUACUUAUGUACAUACAUAUGUAUUAUGUUCUACAUUUUGUUUGUUUACAUACAAUGAAAAUGUUUUAAAGAAAACAAAAUAACUUCCUUCUUGCGCCACUGCCAAAUAACCUAUUACUAUUACCACUAAAUAUUUUUAUUGCCUCUUUUCAUUAUUUUAAUUAUACAUAUAAACGUAUAA